UCAGAGUACAGAAGACGUCGCUGGGGUUGUGUGGGACCUCUUCUGCCGGUCUACUUUCACAUUGCAAAGUUUCCAUCAGGCCUUGCCCUCAUCCCGAAGUGUGUUCACGAGAGUCGCAGCCCUGCAUUUCAAAACAGAAGACGAGUAUUUCGCCAUGAACUCUGACAUGGAUGGUGACAUAGAAAAUCAGGUGGAGUUGGAGGAGAAGACCAGACUUAUAAACCAGGUCCUUGAGUUGCAGAAUACUCUUGAGGAUCUCUCAGCUCGGGUGGAUGCAGUAAAAGAAGAAAAUCUGAAGUUAAAAUCAGAGAAUCAGGUUCUUGGGCAGUACAUUGAGAACCUCAUGUCGGCAUCUAGCGUGUUUCAGACCACUGACUCCAAGAGCAAACGGAAGUAAGAGGGCAUCCUCUUUCCCAGAAUCCCUUGUGUAGACGGCAACCCCACACAGAUAAACCCUUGCCAUAUCAGCUCAUUUAAACUUUUUUGAUCCUUAUGCCAUUAAAAUUAUAAGUAUUUACAUUUAUUUAUCAGUAUUAAUGUUCUUUAAAUGUUUUAUCUUCAACAACUUUAUUAAACAUAUUACAUACUAAAUUAUAAAGAUACAAACUUGUUAGACCUUAUGUUGUUUUGUAGUUUUUUAUGUUCAGACAGGGUAUGAUAUUAAUAUUAUUUUUAAUAUUUUAAAUUGUUUUGUCUCACUAAACAAAUUGAUAACUGAUUAAAAAUGUAAUAUGUAUUUUGUAUUUCAUUUCAUAUUUUUGCUUUCUAGAUGAGGGUACGGCUGUGAUGCCAUGACAGUUGCUCUCUCCCGCUGAGCUGUUUGUCUGUAUCAGCACUGAUUAUACUCCUGUUGAGAGAAAACAUUUCAGGCCAUUCUGAUCAGGGAAUGAAAUUUAGACCCUUUCCUUGGUGCUAUCAACAGAAGGGAGUUCUCUGGCUUGCGUCACAUCUGUGCCUCUGAAUAUCUCAAUGCAUUUGUUGUGUUUGAAUGUGUAGAAUCUUACCAUUGUGUGGUAUGUUUGAAUUAAAACAAAUAUAAUUUGC